AUGGAGUCUCUGUCGCCGUCCCUCCUCCCUCUGUAUCCGUCUCUCAAAUUCACGUCCCCUCGCAGACCCUCCUCGAUCUCGACGUCCGCGCCUGCGCUGCUCUCUUCUCCGACGCUCGCGUCCGCCACGUCCCCGCGAAGAAAAGCUAUCACGCAAGCGCCGCGGGAACGCUCUGCAAGACCCUCCAGGAGGAAGACGCCGUCUCCUCCUCCGCCUCCGACUGUCUUAACGGCGGACGCCGCGGAAGCUCCUCCUCCCGUCGCGGCUAAGAAGUCUCCUUUAGAGUGCUUAUUUGUCUCUUUUUUUUCUUGCUAUGUCCUAAUACCAAUCGGAUUUGGCACAGAGGAAAUGGAAGCUGUGGUGCUAAUUGAUGUGCUUCGUCGAGCUGGCGCAAAUGUGACAGUGGCUUCUGUGGAGCCACAGCUCCAGAUUGAAGCCUCUGGUGGUGUUAAACUUGUCGCUGAUGUCUCAAUUUCAGACUGCUGUGAUGAAGUUUAUGAUCUAGUGGCUUUGGCGGGAGGAAUGCCUGGUUCAUCAUGGCUAAGGGAUUGCGAAAUCCUUCAAAAAAUCAUGAGCAAACAUGCUGAGGGAAAGAGUUUAUAUGGAGCUAUAUGUGCUACUCCUGCUGUCAUACUUCUCCCCUGGGGACUUCUGAAAAGAAAGCAGACUACUUGUCACCCUGCAUUCUUUGACAAGCUCCCCACUUUCUGGGCCGUUAAAUCAAAUAUUCAAGUUUCAGGAGAGCUUACAACUAGCCGUGGUCCUGGAACUACAUUCCUUUUUGCUCUGUCCUUAGUGGAGCAGCUCUUUGGUGAGUCUGUCGCUGCGGAAAUUGGACAAUCCUCGCUGAUGCACAAUGCCGAUGAUAAUCCUAAAAACAUAGAGUUCAACAAAGCUGAGUGGGUUGUGGACCAUACUCCUCGCGUCCUAAUUCCAAUUGCAAAUGGUUGUGAGAACAUUGAAGUGGUAACUAUAGUGGACAUUCUACGACGAGCCAAAGUAGAUGUGGUGGUUGCUUCAGUUGAAAGACAUUUGCAGAUUUUGGCAUUGCAAGGCACAAAAAUUGUUGCCGACAAGUUAAUUGGUGAAGCUGCAGAAACAAGCUAUGACUUGAUCAUUCUUCCAGUGAGAUUUUCUUCUGGUGUUUUGCUCUUAGAAGUAUCAUGUUUUUCGGUUGUGUAAGAGUUACUCUUACAAGAGUUCUAUGACUAAUAACCUCGAAAGUAAAUCAAGACAACAAACUUUU